UUCUAAUAUUUCUUCCCCAAAUCAAAAAAAAAACCCUUCUGCACGUGGGCGCCCGCGGGGGGGCCGGUGGGGGGGCCAGACCCCCCUCCUGCCACACAGAGGCCUCCAACUUCAAGAAGGUUUUUUUUAUUCAUUGAGGGAAGAAAUAUUAGAAAAAUAAAACUUUACACGAUGUGCUACAGCGUGAUUUCUCCUGCUAAACAGAAAAGUUCUAUAAUUCUGGAAGAGAGAGUGAUAGAAGUGUGAAACUUUCGGGGUGUAUAAGGAACCAUUAAGACUACCACCAAAAACAAUUUCAGCUCUCUAUGAGUUUCCUGGACGGAGUUGAAUAUGAUUUUUUAUGCUAGUUUUCGUUACGAAAAUUAGAAAACUGGAAGUAACUCUCAAAGGAAGCCGUUGGCCGAAAUUCUUUUAGGCUUUUACCUAUUCGAGGUCCCCUAUCGCACGAUGUAUGAACAAACCUGAGCAACACAUCUGGGAAUAUGUCCUCGUAAGGAGUGAAUCCUAUUUUAGUACUAGUAUUGAUUUCUUCUAAUAAUUUUCUUUGAUCUAGCUCGACAACAUCAACCAGCAGCACCAGCACGUAAGCUUCCAUGGAGUGAAUUUCACGUCAUUCAAAAUGUCAUUCACAAUCUCAACUAUGUUAAAGGACGACGACCACAGCCACAACAUCGACCACUGCAACAUAGGCGGAAAAAAUCGGCCAAACGCGAAGACGUAAAUCCUAAUUACAGACAACAGUAUAUCAAAGACGGUGACGAUAAUAGUGAACUAUGGCCAACAUCAACACAAGACUCGAUACUAUCAGGUUCUUUAUCACCAUCUAGACUUACUUUCCUGUCAAAUUUUGUUUCCCCAAAUGAUAAUUAUUCUACUAUUCAUGGCAAUAGUUCUGCUCAGUCUAAAGUAUCACCUCAAUCAAAAACACCAAGUUUUCUAUCUCCCUCAUCAAUUAGCCUAAACUAUGAUAAUCAAAUCACUAAUGGGAAAAGAUCACCACUCCAGCUAUCAGAAACAAGUAUGUCGCCAACACCAGAGUACUAUCAUCAUGCUUAUCGUCAAAGUUCAAGAUUACCGAGUGCUCAUUUCAAUGGCUCGAUAUUAUCUCGUGCGUAUUCAGAGCAAUUAAGAGUGGGUAAACAGGAUAUGAAUAGGAAAAUGGCAUGGUAA